GCAUUAAAGAACCGCAAGAAAGAAAGCAAACAAACUUCGCAGGGUCUUCACCACAAAUUUACUAUUGGGCACCUUCACCGGAAACCUUGGGUUUUGGCCGCAAUUUUUAUCAGAAACCUCUCUCCAGGUAAGCUAAAAACCCUGACCCUUGGAUUUUCCGCUACUCUUUGCAAAUCCUGGUUAAAAUUUCGGCCAUUACACUCAUUUUCUCCGUUAUUCCUGUAAAUUGGGGCUGAAUUCAGUGCGUGAAACCCUAAACCGGAUUUUGUGGGUUCUUCCGGCAAUUUCCAGUUAAAGUUCAGGUAAUAAAACCACAAUCGGCGUUAUCUGCGUUUGCUCUUUCUUCCUGCAAUCAGGCCGAUUUUCCUGCCAUCAAACACCAACUCGUAGUUCUGUCCAAUGUAUCUUUAAAUUUGUGCCAAAGUUACUGCCAUCAAACCCUAAUUCCUCUGCUACUCCAAUUCCCUGCACAUUCCGGUCAAGAUUCUGGCCAAAAUGGUGGCCGUGAAUCCCCCGUCACUUCGCCGUCGAAACACGGUUCCGGCCACUGUGUCCAUCGAGCUCAGGCUACCCUCAAAACCUCAACGCUCGAGCUUUCCCAUGGCCGCCUGUGAAGCCAAAGAACUUGCAAACCUCGACCUCUCACCAUACACAACCCUCGGUGACUUCUCGUACACAACCCUCAAGCCGCUAUCAUACACAAGCCUUCGCGAUCUUCUACCGAGCUCACCUAAUGCGAUCCAGUCACCAACUGCGUGCGAACCAGUGGGUUCUGGUGGGCGCGAGAUCUCUAUAAAGAAUAGGCUCGUCAAACAAGCGGCUUGGGCUUAUCUCCAGCCUAUGGCCGCUUCUCCUAGUGAGGCCGGAAAUAGCUUUUUCCGGCGAGUGUGGUCAAGAUUUACCGGCGACUUUGUCUGGGAGGACGCCGGAAUCCAAAUUUUCCGGCGACUGUGUUCGAGGUUUCCCGGCGCAAUUUUUAGGGUUCCGGUUAGAUCCUGCGUUAGCUUUCUAUCGAGGCAGUUUGACAGGAUAUCGAGGGUUUUUGAUAGGUUGAUCCUUGGGAUCAGGGGAAGAUAACGGUGGCGGCCGGGCUCACCGUUAUUUGGCGCUGAGGUCUUGGUUUGCUAAUUGUAAUUACAGGGUUUCGUGGUUUGUUUUCCUUUUAAGAAAAAAUAGUGAAAUUCUGAGUCUUUUGUGCA